AUGUCCGCUACCAUGGAUGUUUCCCACGGGCCGUUUGGCUCCCAGGUCCAGUACAUGCCGCCCCGCGCCGCCUCUACUCCCGCCUCCGCCGCUCCUGCACCUGCCGCUCCUGUUACCUCAGGGCGUGGAUUUGUGUUCCCCGGCACAGGCCAGGUCCCGGGUGGCACAUCGGUGUCAAAGGAUCCCUUGCAGGACAUCUUCGAACAGCUCAAGGUCCUGAACGGCAAUCUCUACACUCAUGUCACGGCCUUCUCUGAACAGCGCAAGGCGCUGCAGGCGGCUCGCGCCGCCGUCGACGAGAGGACCAAGUACCUACGCGCUCUCGGAAUAUCUUUGAACUGUCUCCAGGGCACGGUGGAGACGGAAGCCAAGGCCGUGAAAACUGCCUUUGACCAGGGCCUCAACGGCGUCGGCGUCGCCUUGGACGAGAUAUUUGCCGUGUCCGUCGCGCAGCACGACAAGCUCACGGCCGUACUUACGGCUGGACUUCCAAGCCAGUAG